AUGGAAGGUCUUGCUGUAUCCCAAGUUCUUCUCCCCCUUCGCGGGCAGUUCCCAGAGCCGGAAGGCGGUUCCAUGUUCAUGGGCCAGUUCAAAAAGAUUCGCGAUAUGCCAACAGGAUAUCCGAUGCGGGAGUGGAUUCGUACUUUACCCAAUGACGGCGUCAUACGCUAUCUCGGAGCCUUUAACGGCGAGCGCCUACUGAUUGUUGGAGCAAAGGCGCUCGCUGAAGUCCUGGUCCAUCGCAACUACGACUUCGAGAAGCCCGCGGAGGUCAAGAGUUUUCUCGGCCGAAUCUUGGGGGUUGGUGUUCUCGUCGCAGAAGGUGACGAGCACAAAGUACAGCGCCGCAAUCUGCUGCCUGCUUUUGCUUUUAGACAUGUCAAGGAUCUGUAUCCGGUAUUCUGGCAGCUCAGUCGGAAAGCAGUCCAGGCGAUGACCGCAGACAUCUUGGCAGACGCCCGCAAACAAACUGGCGCCCAGGACACCGAGAAGGCUCUUGUUGACCGUAAGAACACCAGUGUUAUCGAGGUCGGAAAUUGGGCGUCCCGGGCAACCCUGGACAUCAUCGGAAUUGCUGGAAUGGGCAAUGAUUUCAAGGCAAUCGAAGACCCGAACAAUGAGGUCAACGAGACCUAUCGAACAGUAUUCCAGCCGACUAAGCAGGCUCAGCUUUUGGGACUAUUGGGUCAGUUCUUACCAACAUGGUUUGUGAGGAGCCUGCCAGUGAAGCGCAACAAUGACAUCGGCCAAGCGGCGAAGGUGAUCAAAACUGUCUGCAGGGAUCUCAUCGUGCAGAAGAGGCAAAGGCUUGCUAGGAAAGAGCCUACCGAGGUCGACAUCCUCUCCGUCGCCAUCGAGUCCGGCGGUUUCACGGAUGAGGACCUCGUGAACCAGAUGAUGACCUUCCUCGCUGCCGGGCACGAGACGACAGCAUCGGCGAUGACAUGGGCAGUGUACAUGCUUUCCAGAUACCCAGACGUGCAGACGCGACUGCGUCAGGAGAUUAGGGAGAAUCUUCCAUCACCGGACACAGAUCAAGAUGUUACUAGCGUGCAGAUCGAUCACCUGCCUUAUCUCAACGCGGUUUGCAACGAAGUCCUGCGCUACUACCCUCCGGUGCCCAUGACACUCCGCGAGACUGCCGUGGACACGAGUAUCAUGGGACACCGCGUACCCAAGGGCACCCGUAUCAUUCUCGCCGCUGCUGCGAUCAACUUUGACCAGGACCUCUGGGGACCUGAUGCAGGGGAGUUCAACCCGGACCGGUGGAUGGCGAAGGACGCGGCCGACAAAUCGGCGGCUAGCGGUGGAGCCUCGAGCAACUACGCCUACAUGACCUUUCUCCACGGACCAAGAAGCUGUAUUGGACAGGCCUUUGCCAAAGCAGAGUUCGCGUGUCUGUUGGCGUCUUGGGUCGGGAGGCUCGAAUUCGAGCUAUACAACAAAGAGGAGCACGACGAACGGAAUGUUCAGAUCAAAGGAGGCGUGACUGCGAGACCCGCCAAGGGAAUGUACGUGUACGCAAAGGUUGUCGAGGGAUGGUAG